GCACAAUACCCUUGUCAUAGCUCAGAGACGCUUCACUCCCUAGACGAGGCCUUGGAUCUUUUCCAUGCAAACAAGGAUAUCUUUAUACAGCUUGGUAUUCGAAAUAACUUCAACUUACCGAAGUUGCACGCUGCACGUCAUUACCACCUCAUGAUCACGUUGUUCGGCACAACAGACAACUACAACACUGAAUACACCGAACACCUCCAUAUUGAUUUAGCAAAGGAUGCUUACUGUGCUACCAACCACCAGGAUGAGUUCCUUCAGAUGACUCGCUGGCUCGAACGAAAGGAAAAAGUUCUAUGGCACCAGAAAUAUGUU